AUGAACGACCUAAAUUACAACGCUGGGAUGAGCUCCUACCAAUUCGUUAACUCCCUAGCUAGUUGCUAUGGGAACCAGGCCUCGGGACGCACCGGCACGCCUGUUGAACAAUCUGGCCAUCCAGGCCUUCCGACGCCUGGAGCAGACUACUACAAUCCCAAUGCAGCAGCAUCAGCAUACCCAAACGCAUGUUAUUCACCGCCGCAAGUCGGCCAUCAUUACCCACAACACCCGUAUGCGACGCCCGCAUCGGGAGCUCAUAUGCAACCACAAACGAUGAUCGAUUACACACAACUGCAUCCGCAGAGACUUGGCAGUACAGCCAGUCAUAUGCAUCAACAUACAAACCCGAGCCCGGGCGCUUUAUCACCAAAUUUAAUGUCGACGCCUUCAAGCCAAGCCGCUGCUGCUAGUUGUAAAUUUGCCGACUCCACUUCCACAACUGGAGUUGCAUCACCACAAGACUUAUCAACGUCUUCAGGACCUGGAAGAACUUCACCUGGUUUUGGAGGUGUCGGACAAAAUUCUAGUGGAACGAGCACUAAGUUAGGACUGACAACACCUAUCGCUUCUCCAGUUGAGCACAAAGCUAAUGUGAAUCAGAACAUCUCCAGCCCGGCUUCAAGUACAUCGAGCAAUGAGAGUAACGAGGCUAAUAACUCUAGUAAUAACACGAAGAAUUCAAAAUCGUCGACGGCGCAAGCGAACCCUCCGCAGAUUUAUCCCUGGAUGAAAAGAGUGCACCUAGGACAAAGUACAGUCAAUGCCAACGGCGAGACGAAACGUCAGAGAACAUCUUAUACCCGAUAUCAAACGCUCGAACUAGAGAAAGAGUUCCACUUCAACCGGUACCUGACGCGGAGGAGACGAAUUGAGAUCGCGCAUGCGCUCUGCCUAACCGAACGUCAAAUCAAGAUCUGGUUCCAGAACCGACGCAUGAAAUGGAAGAAAGAACAUAAGAUGGCUUCGAUGAACAUAGUCCCGUACCAUAUGAAUCCGUAUGGCCACCCCUACCAGUUUGAUCUUCACCCGAGCCAGUUCGCGCACCUCUCCGCAUAGGAUCAGUGGAAUUUUUCGAACAGCGGAUAACUGAUUUAUUAAACUAGACAGUCGUCCAUAAUGUGGGGUUGUAUGUAUGUUGACUGCUUGAGGCAGUCAGGGUACAGCAACCAGACUGGAUCAGUUAUUCGCUGUUCGAAAAAUUUCUCUAGUGUAGUUAAUUUUGUUAAAAUUGUUAUUGUGGCGUUACAUAUGACGAUAGAGACGAUGGUAAUGUGCGUCAAAAUUGCAGUGAAAUCAGUGAUGAAAACAAAGUGUUAAGACAAAAUUUCCAACAUCAUCCGAUCAAUUGAUUUUGAACUUAGUUAUUGUGACAUCUUCUUCGCAUAAUAUUACUU